CAACGCCCGCGCGCGGCCCGCGGUCUCGCGGGGCCGGGGCCCCGCGCGGGAGAGGCGUGGGCGGGGUGGGGCAGGUGGGCUACGCGUCCGGAGACCCUCCGGCGCCAACCUGCGGCGACUCGGCCCCGCUGGAGGAGGGGUGCUGGCGUGAGCGUCGGUCCUCCGCCGUAGCACCCCGCUUUCCGGGCUCUCGGCGAAGCCUCCCCUCCAGGGAGGGAGCCCGUUGGUCACAGGCCCGCGCGUGUGUUGGCGGUUCGGUCUCCCAGUCUCCUGUGUAGCGCCGAGAGCAGCUGUGGAGGUGGCCCGCGGCUGCAGGUGCUGAAGAGGCAGAAUGCGUGCCGGCCGCCACUCUCUCCGUGACUUCCAGAGGCUUUUAGUUUAGAGUCCCUCAAUGUAACGCUCCCAGACGGCGUCCGAACUCAUGGCCUCAACCUUUCCCGCCGCCCAGGUCUCGACCUUAGAUUCUCCCCCCGGCGCAGGAGCAUCUGGGUCUGCUGCUCCUUCUCGGCACCCGGACCCCUGCCCCCUGCCUCUUGACCACGCAGCACUGUGGUCCAAAUGUCUGCAAAAUUGAGAAAGUCCUCACUCCAUCCACAACCUUCAGAGGAGUCUGACAGCAUUGUGAUAGUGAAGAUGGAAGAGGAAGAGCAGAUCUGUGAUCUGGACCCCAGCCUCCCCUGGAGCACCUCCUGCAGCCCAGAGACCUUCCACCAGCGGUUCAGGCACUUUGGCUACCAGGAGUCGCCUGGGCCCCGGGAGGCUCUGAACCGGCUCCGGGAGCUUUGCCAUCAGUGGCUGAGGCCCGAGGUGAACUCCAAGGAGCAGAUCCUGGAGCUGCUGGUGCUGGAGCAGUUCCUGGCCAUCCUGCCUGAGGAGCUGCAGGCCUGGCUGCGAGAGCACCGGCCCGAGAACGGAGAGCAAGCCGUGACUAUGCUGGAGGAGCUGGAGAAAGAGCUUGACGGGCCAACUGAGCAGGUGUUUUUUGGACAAAAUGAGGACAUGCUUGCAGAGAAGUUGACACCUUGGGAAAUUCAUCGGGAAUCACCAAAUAGCCAGAUCAAGCCCAUUAAGAAGCAGCUGCCAUUAACAUCACGGGAGUUUCACUCAAGACAAAAAGCUAAAGAGAGCAAAACUAUCAAUGUGAAUUCAGCUUCGAGGCAAAAGACUCCUCCAACCAUAGAACUGCCUUACAAUAUUUCUGACACCCUUCAUAUGAAUGCUUCCCAGAGUUUCACGUAUAGAAGAGCUUGUGAACAAGAUAAUGGGUUUGAAAGAAAACAGAGAAGCCCUUCUGGAAAAAAACAACAUAAGUGUGAUGAAUGUGGCAAAGUCUUCAGUCAGAGCUCAGCCCUUAUCCUACAUCAUAGAAUCCACAGUGGAGAGAAACCUUAUGCAUGUGAUGUGUGUGCGAAGGCUUUCAGCCGAAGUGCAGUCCUGAUUCAGCAUCGAAGAACUCACACUGGGGAAAAACCCUACAAGUGUCAUGAAUGUGGGAAAGCCUUUAGUCAGAGCUCAAAUCUUCUCAGACAUAGGAAAAGACACACUAAAGAAAAAGUCCCAUCAGUGUUGUAAGGGAAUCAAAGCAUUUGCUCAGAGCUUUGUCAGCAGGAUAAGACAGAAAGCACACACACUCUUUUAGAAUUUCAGUAGUUUUUAGUGGGCACUGGUUUGCUUUCAAAAGUCAUAAGAGCUACAGGAGAGAAUGUAGAAUAUCUUCUAUCAACAUUGUUUGCUUUUCUGCUUAUCAGAAAGCAAUGUCAAUCCAGAUGUUUGAGAUUCUAAAGCUGAAUUCAAAUUUCCAUCCCCAGGGCAGCUCUUGCUUGAAAAGAUAUUCCCAAACAUAUUCUAUUUCCAUUACUAACACAAGUAAUAAACUAGUAUAUUUCUUUUUAGACAAACAUUUUCCCUGUUGAGAAGGAAUCAGUAUCAAGAUAAGUGUUUUCUUCUAUUCCAUAACUUGAGCAUUGGAGUUCUCAGACCAAAGAUUAGAGCAUUUUAAAAUUUUUUACCAUUUGUUCUCUUACCAGAUUCAAAAUACGAGAAUAGGAUUGAGGAAACUCAAAAGAAUUGAUACCUUCAGACCUAGGCUGAAAUGUCCAGGUUCAUUGUUAGGAGGCAGAUGAGUAAAGACACUUAAUCUCUUAUGGAAAUUCACAAAAGCCUAUAUACUAUUGAUGAUACUAAGUAGUUUCCUAUGUAGGAAAUAAAUAAUUUCCUUUUCAAUGUAAUUUGGAAAUAAACCCGUGAAAACAUUAA